AUGUCUUCACGCGUUCGCCUUGGGUCUAUGGACUCGAUCCUCUUGGACCCAUCCGCUGAUCCUCUGAGUCGGCAAGACCGGUGGAUACCGGAACUUGGUCAACGAACUCAAGUCAGCACAAAGCCGCCGGCUUCUCGUCUUGCCCCAGAACUGUGGGCCUCGUAUUGUGCACUCGACGACUACAUCUACAUACAAUAUUUGAAGGACUUGCCGGACCAGGAGCAAUCCCCGAGUCUCCCGAGGGGUCAACGUUUGCAACCCAGUGAGCGCCCCACUUACGUCGAUGCGACCCUUUGGAUGGUGUAUCGAAUGCUAGACGGCUGGAUCUUCCGCGCCAGCCUGAGUGCGGAGGAAGCGAUUACGUUCCCAUUGAUGGAUGAUGUGAUGGAAUUCCAGUGCGAAGGCGGUGAUGCGCAGCCCGUUGCCCCCAAAGGUUGGAGGUGGGAAGACCGUGAAUUAGUUCCGGUAGCGCAGACGGGCAGUCAGAGUGCUGGAAAGGCAAAGAAGAAGACGAGCAAGAAGGAAGAAAAUCUGCAAGAAGCAAACGAGACGGAGGACCUUUCAUUGGAGGCACUCAAUUCGCUGGGCGUGGAGUUGGAUUUUUGA